AUGUCUGCCCAAGAUUACUACGGCGGCGGCGGCGGCGGCGGCGGCUACCCCCAACAACCGCAGUACGGCCAACAGCAGCAGCAGUACCAGCAGCAGCAGUACCAGCAGCAGCAGUACGGCGGCCCCUCGCCCGCGCACUCGCCCUACCCUUCCCAGCCCUCGUACGCGCCCCCUCCGCCCCAGCCCGACUACAACACCGGCGGUGGCGGCUACCCGCAGCAGCCCUCCUACGCGACCUCCCAGCAGACCCUGCAGCCGUACUACCCGAACGGCGCCGGCGCGCCCUCGCCCUACGACCGCCCCUCCUCGGCCCAGUCCUACGGCGGCCACCCGUCGUCGUCCUCGGGGCAGGCACCGUACCCGGGCGGCGACCGGCCCUCCAGCGCGCAAGGCUAUUAUCACGGUGGCGGCGACCGCUCCGGCGCGGGUCCCGGCGAGGCCGUCGGCCCGGACGGCGAGCGCGGGCUGGCGAGCACGCUCGUCGGCGGCGCGGCGGGCGGGUUCCUCGGCAACAAGAUGUCGGGCGGGUCGCACGGCAAGCUCAAGGCCGUGCUCGGCGCCGCGGCCGGCGCCGUCGCGGCCAACGUCAUCAGCAACAAGAUCCAGGGCCGCCAUAACAACAACAGCCAUGGCAGCGGCCACGGCUACGGCGGCCACUCGGGUGGUGGCGGCGGUAUGCUCGGCGGGCUGUUGGGUGGUGGUGGCGGCGGCGGCGGCGGCGGGCAUCACGGCGGACACCACGGCGGACAUCACGGCGGGCAUCAUGGCGGUCAUCACGGACACCAUGGGCAUCACGGGCAUCACUCUCACGGGUGGUAA